UGCAGUAACGAAGAUAGCUUCAAAGUAAGCAUUCUCGUUGAACAGGAAUUCUUUAAACGUUCAGAUCGCUCUUUUCACCAUCACCGUCAUUACGUUGUCAUAUUAAAAAUAUACGCAGAAUUUCUGCUUCUAUGUGACAGACGAAUUUACGAAGUUAACAGUAGAAUAUAGCACGCAUUAAUGGCUAGUAAGAAAAAACAUGUUGAGAAACUUCCAAUGGCGUCAUUAACCGAACCAGUGCGAAAAAGCGUUUUAGAUGUGAUACAAUAUAAUCUUCGCGCCAUUGGUUACAAAACUUACAUUACGCGAGUCGUUUACAUCGGGAAAUAUCACGGAACUCAUGAAGUUUUACCAAAGAGAAUGGAAAAUAUUAUACGGGAUUUACGCGUGGAUUACAAUAAUAUGCCCAUUACAGGACUAUUCCUUGUUUAUCCAUCAUGUUAUAUUCACAUAUUGGAGGCGUGGGAAGACAUCAUUUAUAAGCACUACGAGCUUAUGUACGCCAUGGACGACGAUAAAUGCAAAUUCGAAAAAGCAAUUCCUUUGCCUUCGUAUCAUCACGUUCAUCAAAGAUUCUUCUCAGGAUGGUGCCACGUCUACAUGAUACCGCUGACUUUAAUAGGGACGUUAGAAGCUCAUACAUUGGAUGACAUUCUAAAGCAAGUCUCAAACUGUCUAAUAAAGGUGUACACGUUAUGCGAGUAUAUUGCAAAAGCGGUGCACGAAAAGUCGAUCGACGUUCAAGACGUGCUACUGAACUUGGGAGACAAAGCGUAUCUCCCCGAGAGCACAGUUCUCGAGUUUCUCUUGAACGUGAAUUCGCCCGUGCUCAAAACCGUCGAGGAGCAUUUGCAAAUAUAUUCCGAUGCGUCGCCGAGUGCAUUCUGGGACGAUAAUAAUGUCUGGCCACCGCCUUGCGAUAUUAUGCCUCGCGACGCGUUUGAUGGCCGAAAGGUUCCGGAUCACCGGAACAGCGGAAAGUAGAGAUGUGCCCUGGAAACCAACUGUCUCGCAAGCAAGAUACGGAAAAAUGAUGACUUAUCUUCUUUCUUUCUCUCUUUCUUUUUUUCCUCUUGAUUUUUUCUUUGUUUCCUCGGAUUUAAACGUACUGAUAAAAUGGAAUUAAUAAAUAUAUUUUCUCAGACAAUCGUGUGUCUUUUUCGUUAGAAAAAAAUCUAUUUAUUUAUUAAAAAGUUCACACUUUUUCUCAUAGUAUAGUGGGCGUAUAUAGUGAUAUUAUACGUACGAACGAAGUAUAGAAAACUUUGGCAGUUUGGAUCCAGGUUUUUAUUGUACGUUUUUCGUUCCUGUGACAUUUCCCCGUCGUCGGAUCGCAGAAUCUCUUUGUUGCAACAUUCUUUUAUA